GCGAACUAUUCCCUGGUCCAUCCGAGAGACUUGUUCUCUCCUUGGUCCUUCUCCCUGUCACUAGUGGCCUACGAUGGAGAACCGAUUACCCCUCCGUGAUACCCGCCGACUGCCCUCAUUUGCCCCUAGCGAUACUGACUACGACGAAGAAUAUCGAUAUUCACGGUCGGAAGACUCGGUGAGGUUCGCUGCUGACAAUAUCCAGCCGGUACAGGAAAAUGUCUUUGCAACUCCACCUGACUCUCCAAGACCUUCAAAUGUGUUUGCUACCCCUGUGCAUUCGCGUAGCCCUUCUCCUACAAAUCUUGACCGAGGAGAUUCGAGAGAAUCUACUUUAGCUCCUUCAGUAUACUCGCUGGGACGUGAUUCCUCUCUCUCUUCACGGCGCUCCUCGUCUCCUAUUCGCGUGGCGAACGGCGGUUACUUUCCUCAACAUAGGGUUUCCUCAUCAUUAGCGCCUUCUAUAAUAUCCAAUUCUUCUGGUCAUCCGACCGGAUCUGGAUUGCAUAGGUCUAACACUGUUGCAACCAACACAACCAAUUCUACCAAUUCAUCAACUCUUUAUUCGAUACCAUCGCAACUUUCACAAUUCUCUUCACCUCCUUCCCCACUUCCAUCGAUAGCCCCAGUGAGACCUCGAUUCGAUUACGGUGGCCACCAGCAAUCAAUAUAUCCUUUGUCGGCACAUAGCAAUUCUGAUAUCGGCGAGCAUGAUCCUUUUGGGGAUGGAUUUGAGAUUCCUGUGGGAGAUGGGUUUGCCCCCCGUCAUCAGAGGCAGCCGCCCUCAAUCGCUUCGAAAGAACCACCGCCAUAUAGCAUGUAUCCGGACCAACCGCCACCAAAACCUGAAGAAAGAGGCAUUGCUGCAGAUGUUCAAUCGAAUCCGGAUUCUGGGUUUUCGCUAGGAGAGGACGCAGAUGAUCGUAGUGAGAGUAGAAUGGUGGUAUUAGCGCCUGUUGGGGGAACCAUUGCAGGACAAAUAACGGGGGUGAAUGGUGGAGGACCCGAUAACCUGGAUGAUGGAAGCGGGGCUACAAAGGAAUGGAAAGAGAAGCGGUGGUUAGGAAUAAAGGCUAGGGUCAUCAUUUUAGGGCUUGGAAUAGGGUUGAUGGUGCUGUUAGCUGUUGGGUUGGGAGUUGGCCUCGGCGUGGGAUUGAGGAAGUCAUCAUCCACAAGCGUCCCAGUGACAUCAAUAUCGUCAUUUCCUACCACAGCUGCCGAGAUGCCACCUUCCUCUGAGGAGACUGGUCCACCUAUUUCCGACCCCGAUAACACGUUCCCUGAUAUCGAAACCGGUAUGGCAGUGCUGACACCAUUGGUGCUUUCGGAAAUAUCAUCCGAUUGCGCCCUUGAACUGCAAGACCGAUCUUCACCAGGGUUUUUUGACAUGGGCUCUGGUUUGCUCUGGUCGUGCCAGAACUCUCCAGACAAGCCACUUGUAUGGAGGUUUGACCAUUUCCCGCCAAAGCCAUCUGGGAUUAAUAUGGAUACUUUUCCUAGCCACCCCCAGUUCCUGAUGGGCGCAGAAUAUGGCGAGGGUUCUUGGGGGGGAUAUAUGCUCUCAAGUUUGGAAGGCAUGAUAAAGUUUGAUGAUGAUUGGGAUAUGGUAGUAAAGGAUGAUAACGGCCAGGAAGAGUAUUCUUCUGAGCCUGGUUGGAGGGAUGGUGCUCAGAAUCCCCUUUUCUGGCACGUCCCCUUGGCAUACUAUAAUACCUCGACCCCCAUCAAUAACCGACUGAAGCUGCGCUCGAACAACAGCACACCAGUGGGGAAGUUUGCGAACUAUAAGUUCGGGAUUCUUUACAACAAAACUGUUGUCUUGAAACAGAAUGCUAUCGAUCAAACGCUGGCAGUGCUUAAGAGCACCGGGGGGGCUCCGAAAUUUGCCAAUGGGACAGCAUUAGGGGAAGGCGAGAUUGUCUGGAAAUGUGUAUGGGAAAAGACGCUGCUAGAUGUGGAGAUCAGCAUCAAUCAGCCUAGUUUGGCCCGCCAUCCAACAGGAUUUGGUGGGGACCGUGGGCCUCCUAAUAAUAGGGGUGGAGAUGGUGGCUUGGGGUAUGGGCGGGGGGGUGGACGAGGGAGUGGUGGCGGGCCUUCCAACGAUCGUGGUGGGGCCCUUUCUAGAUCACCAUCUAGAGACUCACCGGGGCCGCCUGGUGGGCCUUCACCUCAAAACUCCUUCAAUGUGGGCAGCAGUGCUCAAUUUGAGCCGCCGGUCACUGCUCUCGCCAUUCCGACACCAACGGGGCUGAACGACUCCGUUGAUAAUACGGAUGGUGCUUACAAGUUUUCUGACAUUCCUAUAGCCGGAAAUAUUAAACGCGGAGAAUCAACACCACCCUAUCCCCUCAAGAUAACCAUCCAAGAAACCAGGUUGACACCCAAGCGGUUACGCCGGGUAAUGGGAAUGGAUCUUACUGAUGCGGACCCGCGCGGCUAUGGUAAACCUGGCGAUGUGAAGUGUACUCAGAUGGUUGUCACUCGUCUUGGCGGGUUGAGAGAGUUUAUGGAUGCGAAUGGCGAAGGGUUAGUCAUUCUUAAAGAGCGGGGCCCGCCACGACGGAAGCGGGAUCCCGUGCCUGGAAAGUGUUCUUGUCGGUGGACAUCAUGAUCCUUUGAGAAGGCAUAUCGGAGCACCAUUGUAAUGAUUCCGAAGGAGGGGGGAUUCAUGGCGUUAACAAAUGUAAUUUUUUACUCGUAACACCACGGGGCUUGGGAUUCAUUAUCUCAUCGGAGAUACGGGCCUGCUUGUGGAGAUUUCAUGGAUUACGAUUACAACAUUCGGGGGGAGGGGGUAUCAACGGGAAUGUCAUCAGCUAUUGGGAUAGGCUGUUUCGACAUUCGGAUAGUUAUCUAAUGAAAAGGUAAACGUUAUAUUUCGUGACACAUUCCCUCUGGUCUUGCAGUAGAAAAGGAGCAGAAUUGGCAAUAGAGGCUUGCAGGCCUGGCUGGGACUGGCCUUGGAAGAGGUUCUUCCGUUCUUCCUGAUCCUUCUUCUCUGUAACCUUGUACUUUUUAGCCGGAUCACAUUUG